AUGGCCUACCUCAUUGCUGAGUGGGAUUCACCCAUUGUGAUGGACGAACCGGCAUGUCCGGAACUCGACGUGAUCAUGAGGAUGAUCAAUGACCCUAGCUUCACCAUCGACCAGGCAAUUGAUGAGAUUUGUGGUCUCACUGCUGCGGCUUCAACCGAGGAUUUUCAAGCUGGACACGCCCGCCGCUCUCUAUACCAACACAGUGGACGGAUUCAGAUGAUUCUUCAGAAUCUGGCCGUUACAAUACCUCAUUAUCGACAAUCGAGACUUAUUAAAUUUGUCCUCCGCCUCGAGAAAUCUACGGUACCAGACCCCAACCGCAGCGGGAUUGUAGGAGAUGGAGAGGACAUCUUCUGGACGAGUGUGCCUUCGUUUGCAGAGAACCUAGUCCGGCUUAUGGUUGAGCUCAACGACAACGGUGAAUUUGACCCGGCCCAAGAGAACUUGGCAGCUUUCCUUGCCCAGCUAUUCGAGGCAGGAUAUCGUGGCUGUCCAAUGGUCCCGGACUGGACCUACGCUUACACCGUAGCCGCUCUCCAAAACGGUUUCAGACCAGACAAGCGGAAUGUACGAAUGUUCUGCAUUUGGCUGAUCUAUGCCAAUAAGAAGCUCUGGUUGGAUACUCAGGGGUCCCAUGAGCUGUUCAGGCCGGAAUACUGGGAAAGAUGGAGGGCGCUCCUACUUGAUUGGCAAAGUUCCAAGCCGGAUUGGUUCUCGGAUGAGGACACGCAGAUGCUUAUAAUGCGCGCUCUGGAUACUAUGGGCAUUACCCAAGCUGAGAAUUAA